UGUGCAUGUGUGAAGACAUGAUUUCAGUCUUAGAUAUUUACUGCAAAACCAUGGAGAUGUUGGAUAAUGUAUUAGUCAUCAAAUAAUUUGCCAGGAUUCUAAAUGACUACUUGUAAUGAAAUGGGGAAAAACCAAACAAUAGUCACAGAGUUCAUCCUACUGGGAUUCUGUCUUGGCCAAAGGAUACACAUGGUCCUUUUUGGAUUUUUCUUUCUAUUCUACACCUCCACCCUGAUGGGGAACGGGGUCAUCCUGGGGCUCAUCUCCCGGGACUCCAGACUGCACACCCCCAUGUACUUCUUCCUCUCCCACCUGGCCGUCGUCGACAUCGCCUACGCCUGCAACACGGUGCCCCAGAUGCUGGUGAACCUCCUGGAUCCAGCCAAGCCCAUCUCCUUUGCAGGUUGCAUGACACAGACCUUUUUCUUUUUGAGUCUUGGUCAUACAGAAUGUCUUCUCCUGGUGGUGAUGUCCUAUGACCGGUAUGUGGCCAUCUGCCACCCCCUCCGGUACUCUGCCGUCAUAAGCUGGAAAGUGUGUGCCAUGCUGGCCAUCAUUUCCUGGACAUGUGGCUCCCUCCUGGCCCUGGUCCAUGUGGUCCUCAUCCUGAGGCUGCCCUUCUGUGGGCCUCAUGAAAUCAACCACUUCUUCUGUGAGAUCCUGUCUGUCCUCAAGCUGGCCUGUGCUGACACCAGGCUCAACCAGCUGGUCAUCAUCGCAGUCGGGGUGCUCAUCCUGGUGGGGCCCCUCUGCCUGGUGCUGGGCUCCUACUCACGCAUCCUGCUGGCCAUCCUGAGCAUCCGGUCAGGGGAGGGCCGCAGAAAGGCCUUCUCCACCUGCUCCUCCCACCUUUGCGUGGUUGGGCUCUUCUUUGGCAGCGCCAUCGUCAUGUACAUGGCCCCCAAGUCCCGCCAUCCUGAGGAGCAGCAGAAGAUCCUUUUCUUGUUUUACAGCUUUUUCAACCCCAUGCUGAACCCCCUUAUCUAUAGCCUGAGGAGUGCAGAGGUCAAGGGGGCCCUGAGGAGAGCAUUGUGCAAAGAAAAUCAUUCCCAAUUGGGUGGCACGUGAAUCUCCAGCCUCAGUAGUCUCUGGAGCUUGGGGUACUGAUUACCACCUAAGUUCACUACUCUUCCUAUUUGUAAAGUAUUCCCUCUCCUUCUGGAAGUAUUUAGAUUUUUGCUGCAUUCAUUAUGUUUAUUAUACUUAACUUUUUUCAUUUAGGUGCUUAUUGAAUUGAGAAUGUUCAAAGGAAACAUUUACUUUGUACAGUACUCUGAGUCCCAAUAGUUUAAAAGAGACAAUCCACCUCUGACUUGAUCAAGUGUGCUCAGAAAUAGCAGAAUCGUGGGCAUUACCAGAUGUAGUCCCAUCGGUAAGAAUCUUUUUAAAGUGCUGCAGCCACAAGCAAAGAUCUCAGAACCCAAAUAUACUUCUGUCUAGUUGCAUCCUUCAUUUGACUCUGUCCCAUGAAUUGUAUUUUCUAUUACAAGUCGUAAAUGUACCUACAUCCCUACUUAGGCUUGGAGGAAAACUGAUUUUUAGUGAAUAAAUCC